GUUUCUACGUGACCCUGGUGGUGAACCGCUGGUGGAGCCAGUACACCAGCAUCCCACUCCCUGACAGGCUCAUGUGCGUCCUGUCGGGGGGCCUCCAGGGGAGCGACGAGCGAGGCCGCCUGCUGAGGCGCACCAUGAUGCGCUACGCCAGCCUGUCAGCCCUGCUCAUCCUGCGCUCCGUCAGUACGGCCGUCUUCAAGCGAUUCCCCACCAUGGACCAUGUGGUGGAGGCCGGAUUUAUGACGAGAGAGGAGAGGAAGAAAUUCGAGGGUCUCCACUCCCCCUACAACAAAUACUGGAUCCCCUGCGUCUGGUUCACCAACCUGGCUGCUGUGGCCCGCUGUGAGGGCAGGGUCAAAGACGACCACACACUCAAACUGCUGCUGGAGGAGCUGAAUGGGUUCAGAGGGAAAUGCAGUAUGUUGUUUCAUUAUGACAUGAUCAGUGUUCCCCUGGUCUACACUCAGGUGGUUACUUUGGCCGUUUACAGUUUUUUCCUGGUGUGUCUGAUUGGUCGUCAGUUCUUGGACCCGAGUCAAGCUUACCCAGGUCACGACCUCGACCUCUACGUACCCAUCUUCACCCUGCUUCAGUUCUUCUUCUACGCAGGGUGGCUUAAGGUGGCAGAGCAGCUGAUCAACCCCUUCGGAGAAGACGAUGAUGACUUUGAGACUAAUUGGCUGAUAGACAGAAAUUUCCAGGUGUCCAUGAUGGCAGUGGAUGAGAUGUAUGGAGAUCUGCCAAUGAUGGAGAGAGACCGCUACUGGAACGACUCCAACCCCCGGCCACCGUACACCGCUGCCACACUCUUUGUCCUCCGCAAACCCUCCUUCCAAGGGUCCACUUUUGACAUGGCGAUACCUAAGGAGGAGAUGCAUUUCCAGCCUCUGGAGGAAAUUGCUGAGAACUUGGAGGAGUCAGGCAAUCGUCACCCCAACAUGGCCCUUUUUAACCGCCUCCUGAACGCAGCUCCAUCCCCCACUGGCCUCAUGGGAGGGGCUCUUCGCCGCACCUCGGCCCAGCUCCAAAGGCUACGCCACUCCCCCAGCAUUGACCAGUGCACCAGCGACGAUGAUGACGAUGAAAGUUGCAAGAUAGGCAAAGGGGGGUCUCUGCCAUCAGGGCUGGGGCAGGAAACCCAGAGCACUGUGUGCAGUUUCAGGGACGAUAAGAGCCAGAGAACACCUCUGCUGGAGAUCGAGUUUGGGGAGGAGCAGGAGAGGCGAGAAGGGCACCCUGCCCUCAGUGAGAGAAGGGAGGUGAGUGGAGUGGAGGGGAAGAAUGAUGGAGAGUGGCAGAUGAGGGAGGAAGGAAGGGAAGAAGAAAGUAUAAGGUGGGAGGCCCAAGCUCCAGUGUCACUGCUUCCUCCUCCCCCACAGUCGACCAUGGAGACAUCCACUCGACCGGCCUCCACCAUUCCCAUCACCUGCCGUCACACCUCUGCCUUCCUGUUUCAUCCGACUGCUCACUCCAGUCUGGAGCACUGCAGCUCCCAGCCAGCCAUCAACCACAACAGAGCUGUGCCCACAAUUCCUAAACCCCCGUUUGCUGGGAAAAAAAUGUCCUUCCUCACUGUGCCGUCUUCCGAUGAGCCUCAGCGUUUUCGCAGCGUGAGCAUGGGGUCAGAUCUCACUGGAUCUUAG